AGGUAGGAGGAUCAACCAGCCAUUUCCUGCAGCUGCCACCAGCUGCGCCACCGCCACCCCAGGGCACCCUCUGCCAGUUGACGGUAGAAAGAACUACAACUCCCAGCAGACCUCCGGGCAUAAUGCUUGUAUGCCCGGCUGUUCGCCUACUUUUGCGCGUUCACAGAAGAAGCUACACUACCGUGUGUGUACGGCCACUCACUUCUUUGGCACGCUAGAUGUAGAACUCCAGAAGGCUCCCGCGGCUAUGAAGGCUUCGCUGUAGGAGAAACUACAUUUCCCGGAAGUCUUCGUUCCGCAGCUGCGGAUCCUAGGGGUUUCGGAAUAGCUGGCGCGGGUGACAGCGUGGUCGGCGGCUAGACAUGGCUCUCUUGGGCAUAUCCCUGAGUCGCCUCUUGUGUCCUGUCAGUAGGUCGGCGGCGAUACUGCGUGUCAGGUGGCUCCAGCCCCAGGCCUUCUUGGGCCUACCUGACGGCUGGGGACUCCCCGCCACGCAGCCAAGCCGGGGCAAGGCGCGCGGGAAUGAGUAUCAGCCGAGCAACAUCAAACGCAAGCACAAACACGGUUGGAUCAAGCGCUUGAGCACGCCAGCUGGCGUCCAGGUCAUCCUUCGCCGCAUGCUUAAGGGCCGCAAAUCGCUGAGCCAUUGAGCGCAACGCUGCCGGUGGGAGCUCCCCGCCCCACCCCAUUAAAGCAUUUUCCUCCCUGCA